UCGGCAACUAGCAAGCUGGGCGUGCGUUGCCGGAGCGGGCGGGGAUCGUUACGUGGCCCGGCUGCCGUCUCUAUUCGCCACUCAACCUUUCUGGAUUGAUUGACUGCAUUUUGGAACUCCAGACCCAAAUGCCUAGUUGUCAACUGGAAGUCUCUAUCUGGAUAUCUCACAGAGCAUGCUGGUCUUGAAAAUAAAUCUUUAAGGGAUUUAAAGUCAAGGCAAUGUCUGAAGUGGUGAAGCUCAUCAGAAAAUGCAUCUUGGCUGAGGUCCCACCACCACCAAAGAUCUCAACAAGGCGACAUGCCCCCCAAGAAGCCUGAGCCUAAGAAGGAAGCGGCCAAGGCAGCCCCUGCUCCGCCCCCAGCCCCUGCCCCAGCUCCUGAGCCCCCCAAGGAACCUGCCUUUGACCCUAAGAGUAUAAAGAUAGACUUCUCUGCCGACCAGAUCGAAGAGUUCAAGGAGGCCUUUUCACUAUUUGACCGGACCUCGACUGGAGAGAUGAAGAUCACGUAUGCGCAGUGCGGGGACGUGCUGCGGGCGCUGGGCCAGAACCCCACCAACGCCGAGGUGCUGCGCGUCCUGGGCAAGCCCAAGCCAGAAGAGAUGAAUGCCAAGAUGUUGGACUUUGAGACGUUCCUGCCCAUCCUGCAACACAUCUCGCGUAACAAGGAGCAGGGCACCUACGAGGACUUUGUGGAGGGGCUGCGUGUUUUUGACAAGGAGAGCAACGGCACAGUCAUGGGUGCUGAGCUUCGCCAUGUCCUUGCCACUCUGGGAGAGAAGCUGACUGAGGCAGAAGUGGAGCAACUGUUAGCUGGGCAAGAGGAUGCCAAUGGCUGCAUCAAUUAUGAAGGUAUCAGGUCAUGCUUCAUUUCCCUGGGUACCCAGGGAUGA